UUUAAGGUUACCUAGCUAGCAGUAUUACUCCGAUUAUCCUCUCCCUCCAAAAAACUUGUUUCUUUUACUGUUUUAAUGGCAUUUUCGUCUGUAUUUUCUGCAGCGAAUGUACAAUUCAGACCAAUCUCCGCAUCUAUUCCGAAAACCAUUUCAAGCAGACAGCGCAUUUCCACAAGAACCCCAUCUGCCCGGAAAUUAAAAUCCCGAAAUUACCAGCCGCCGCCGCCGUCCCUUUCCCCCACCGUCGAAGGCGGCGAAGCCACCACCUUCACCCGCCUGCCGCCCAGAGACGACUUCGGCUCCGACGAUUUAGCUCUACUGUCACUUUGCGAGGUGGUCAAGCUCUCUGAUGUCAAACCGGCAGGUCCUAGUACUACCUCUAAACCCGAUAUAUCCGAUCCAAAUCUCGUGAAACGAAAUGGGUUCGUUUCGAAAAAUAGUUUUAGCAAUGAGAAAUUGAGUCUCGAUCCUGAGGUUGAUGAAUUGAGUGGUGAUGGUGACGAUGAUGAUGAUGAAAUCCAUACUGAGGGAAGUAAAAUGGGGUUUGAUUACGGAAGAUUCGAGCUGUACGAAGCGGGUUCCGAUGAUGAGGUGGAGGAAUAUUCCGACGGAGAAGAAGGCGGCGUAAAGGUGUUUGGUGGUGAAGGAGAAGAAGAUGAUGACGAAGAAGAUGAGGAUGGUGAGGAAAUUAAAGAAAAGGAGAAAGGGGUGCCAGCUGUCAUGAGAUGUUUCGAUAGGGCAAAAAUAUUUGUGAAAUCGGGGGACGGUGGGAACGGGGUCGUAGCUUUCCGGCGCGAGAAGUUCGUGCCGUAUGGGGGGCCGUCGGGGGGUGAUGGUGGGAGGGGGGGCAAUGUGUACAUGGAGGUGGACGGUACUAUGAAUUCGCUACUGCCCUUUAGGAAGAGCUUGCAUUAUCGGGCAGGGAGGGGUUCCCACGGGCAGGGGCAGCAGAAGCACGGGGCGAAGGGGGAGAGUUGUGUGAUUAAGGUUCCGCCCGGUACCGUUGUAAGGGAGAGCGAUGGAGAUGUGCUUCUCGAGCUUUUGUAUCCCGGGCAGAAGGCGCUGCUUCUGCCCGGAGGGAGGGGCGGGCGGGGGAAUACCUCUUUUAAGACGGGGGUCAAUAAGGUGCCCAAGAUUGCGGAAAACGGAGAAGAAGGGCCUGAAUUAUGGCUAGACUUAGAACUGAAAUUGGUGGCAGAUGUCGGGAUCGUUGGAGCUCCAAAUGCAGGGAAAAGCACACUUCUGAGUGUAGUUAGUUCUGCUCAGCCAACCAUUGCUAAUUAUCCCUUCACCACUUUACUUCCUAAUCUCGGUGUUGUUUCGUUCGACUUUGAUGCUACAAUGGUUGUUGCCGAUUUGCCCGGUCUUCUAGAAGGUGCUCAUCGAGGUUUCGGAUUAGGGCACGAGUUUCUUCGCCACAGCGAGAGAUGUUCCGUUUUGGUGCACAUAGUUGACGGGUCAUCACAGCAGCCCGAGUACGAGUUUGACGCUAUUCGUCUCGAGCUGGAGUUAUUUAGCCCCGAACUUUCUGAAAAGCCUUACAUAGUUGCAUACAACAAAAUGGAUCUUCCGGAAGCUGCCGAAAAAUGGCCCUCUUUUCAAGAAGCCCUACAAGCACGCGGAAUCGAGCCUUUCUGCAUGAGUGCCAUCGCAAGAAACGGCACCAAAGAAGUUAUAAACUCUGCUUACGAACUUGUACAGAAAAAUCGACCAAAUGAAGAACAAGCUAUGCUGACUCCGUUGGACUUGAAUUACGUGGCUGAAAUGAUGAAGAAGCAAAGGGCGGCUCCUAUAAACGAAUUUGAGAUCACGCUCGAUAGUAGCACUAAAACAUGGCGCGUUAGUGGAGUCGGGUUGGAACGAUUUGUCCAAAUGACCAAUUGGAGAUAUGAAGAUUCCGACCGAAGAUUUCAACAUGUUCUGGACGCAUGCGGUGUUAAUAAAUCACUAAUUAAGCUAGGCGUGAAGGAGGGCGAUACCGUCAUUGUUGGAGAGAUGGAUCUGGUGUGGCACGAUGCUGCAGAUACUCCGGGCCCCACAAGUAGGCGGAAAAAGUCAACAGAAAAAGUUGACUAACUUUCUAUUACGAUCGUCUCCCUCUCGAGCUCAAGGAAGAAAUUUGUUUCGGCCUCGUUGCAAAUGAAUAACACUGAAUCAGUGGCAACACUCCAACACGAAUCAUAAGAUUGUCGCAUUGUCGUGUGCAUAAAAAGAAAGGCUUGUGGAACCAAAUCAGCCUUCACUGUGAAUUUGUGAACUCUGCAGAUGAUAGUUAUUAGUUGGUUUAUGAAACCCUAAUGUAUUUUCUCUAAUGAUUAAAAUUAUGAUGAUUAUUUCAUUUAGCAAACCUUCAUUUUUGUGGAUUAUUUAAAUUAUUUUUUAGCUA